UCCUAUUUGCUUUUAUUUACAAAAAUCCAAAAACCCUUGAAAACAAUCAUAACGUAACGUAACUUCAAUAUUUUCCAGCAAAGAAAAAGAAAACCAUCAGUUUCUUCUAUCAUUUAAUAUCAGCACCAUGAUUCCUCGUGCUCCAGGUAGCCGGAGACUUAGCUCCAUCAGGGUUCUUUCAACCUCCGAGAGAACACAACAAACAUUCCCACCAGAACAUCAUUCCGACAUCGUUAAACGGAGAGGAGGCCUUGUCGCAGUCCCGGCAAGGUUGACAACCUCCUCGUCUUCCAGUUUUCCGGUUGUCAACGACGGAAUAUCCCAAAGGCUGACGAAGUUGCUGCUGAAUGUGAAUAUAGAGAGCAGCUUGGGGCCAGUCCAUGUGAUUAUGCCAUCAGAUAAUACAGUGAAUGAUUUAAUCAAAGCUGCUAUAGAAAUUUACGUCAAGGAGAAGAGAAGGCCAUUGUUAGAGGAAACUGAUCCCAAGUUUUUUCAGCUUCACUAUUCGCAGUUCUGCCUGGAAAGUUUAAGAGCAGGGGAGAAGCUGAUCAACUUGGGAUCGAGGAAUUUCUUUUUGUGUUUGAAGAAGCGCCCAUCUUCGUCGGACACUUUCUUAUCGGGAAAGGCAAAGUUGGCAUCGGAGACUCUGUUUUCUCUGACAAAACUCGGGGAGUUGUUGCUCUAAAACUUUCCCCUUUUUCAUUGUAAACCUUAAACUAAAAUUUUUAAUCCCAAUCCAUAGUUGAAUUAAAGAUUAUUAAAAAAUAUUUUAAUUA